AUGGACCGUGCGGACGUGGGCACGAAUGACCCCGACUACACGCUAGGACUCUGUGUGGGUAGCGGCGAGCCCACUGCACCUUUGCCGACAUUUCCGCUAAAACAGUCCGACACACACCAAGAUGGCUGGGCAUUUAGUCGCGCGCGCGACGCCGAAGGUAUGCACCGCAUGUUUGCACAGAUAUUGCACCAUGUACGCGAUGUGGAAGUGCGUAAUGUGGACCCCACAGUGCAAGGCGAAGAUGGUCUGCGUGUACUUAGCGAUCCUUUGGAAGAAUGCCCAGAUCCACAAGACAACCCCGAGUACUAUACGCAAAUUGCACGGCCCACGUCACUGAGUGCGAUUACACAUCGCGUCGUGCAUUGCGAGUAUGCGUCGCCUGCGCUGUUUGAGCAGGAUAUGCUCCAGCUUUUUCAUAAUGCGCGCACCUGGUACGGAAUCGGGACGCAAGGGUACGCAGAGACAGUCACGCUGCAACGACUCUACCAACAGCUCACGCCCUCGCGCGAAAUGCUUGCCGAUGGGCUGGGCGUGCGGCAUAUUAAAGCUAAAUCGAACGAUAUUGACAUGGUUGAUGCGCUGCGCAAGGGCGCACGAGCAACGCGCUCUUUUGCCUCGUCCAAUGCUGGGCCGGGCAGAGCUGCCGAGGCGGCUUCCAACGUACAUACUGAGCUUGCGGACGCUGCGUACAAAGGGCGCAUCUACCGCGUUGGCGACUGGGUGCAUGUAAUGAAUCCCGUGAAUCCAUCGCGCCCGAUUGUUGCGCAAAUAUUCCGCUUGUACAAACAGCGGAACAGUCCUGGGACUUUUUUCACGGCGAGUUGGUACUACCGCCCCGAGCAGACAUCCCAUGCCGAAACAAGGCUCUUUGCCGCGGAAGAAGUGGUAAAAACAGACGUGUUCGGCGAGCACGUCCUUGAAGAUAUUGUAGAGGAUGUUUUGGUGCUCUCCCGCCCAACUUACAAGCGCGCCCGACCCCAGGCCGCGUACUGGAAUAAGGAUGCGCCCGUCUACUUUGUCGAGUACAAGUACGAUACUGCGAAUCAUGAAUUUUACAAAAUCAAGCGCUGGGCGAGCUGUGUACCCGAGUGUGUGCGUGCAAAACACACGCCCAUGGACGUUUUUUCCAAGGUGCCUAUUGAGCGCGAGUCUUCGCUGCUUGCUCGACGCAUCCAUGCGCCUGGAUUUAGCAAGUUGUUGGAGUAUGCGCCGCCCGACGACGAAAUGAUCGAGUAUGUGGACCCAUUUGAAGGCGCGGGAACGCAUGCGUUGCCAGCCUCGGUUGAGCAAGUGCCCGUGACAAGCCUGCCACAACCGCUGCCUGCGACGCACCCCGAACGACUCCGCGCGUAUGCAUCAUUUCAUGCAAUUGCAACGGAUCUCGCACGCAGGAUGAGUGCAGCGGCGUACGCUGCACUGCAAAAUGCACUGGUGGCCAAUCCCCGCGCUUCCCAAGGCGAGCUACUGGCCUUGAGUACCAAAUACCACAUUCCCGACGCACUUCUUGUGCGACUUCGUGACACGGCGCUGCAUGCAGGUGUUUUGCAGACGCCUUCGCCGCUAAAAUCAAGCGCGUUGCCGAGUAUUGCGGCCGUCGUCGCGGCGAACCAAGCCGAGGCUUCGUUUCAGCCGCUUACUCCGAGCGUGUGCGAUUUGUUUCGUCGCGAUGCGGAAGGGAACCUGCUAUGGUACGCUGCACCCCCUUUGGAUGGAUGGCACAAUGCCACUGCAGUUCGCGAUGGGAGCACACACGUACCAUACCCAAGCCUGGACUAUCUCCAACACUGUGUCCAGCGGGCAAAAUAA